AUGACGGCGGGGGCCGAGGUGCGCUGCGCGCAGGGUCGGCGAAUGGUAAUCCGGGGGCGCCGCAGGAUGAAGAUCCAGGUCCUGUACAGAGCCGUGCAAAUGACGGCGGGGGCCGAGGUGCGCUGCGCGCAGGGUCAGCGGAUGAUGAUCCGGGGGCGCAGGAUGAUGAUCCAG